GGGUAAAGUGGCUCAGGCAACAUCCCCCAAAAGUACCUAGGUAAACCCGGCAAUUCCUUAGCAGCAGCACUAUCCUCCAGCGUCCAGACUCCACACAGCCGCAGCGGCCCCCCCCAAACGACCGUUUACACUUUUUUCUCUCCUCGGAUUAAAACCGGACCACUGAAAACCCCGUUAUCAGUUAUCGCCCUCCCCCGUCCGUUCUCGUCCUCCUCCACUCCGACGCCACGUUUGAAUCCCAACACGCUUUGCUGUCUCCUUCGCUCUCGGGAUCUAUAAAACCUUGUAGAGCACCCUACAAGGCGACUCCUUCUGCCCGCCCUUCACCGUAGCGCUGGCGGCUGACCCGUGUCAUCUUCCCUUGACGGUCAUCAGCACGUAAUCCUGCAACUGGCUAACGCCGGGCUCUCCCGCACGAGCGAUCAAUCCCCACCGCACCGCACCGAGCUUCUUGGCGACCAGAGCCCCAGGAGGAGGUUGCGUGCCAUCUUCGCUUCUCUCCCUCGUCCAAACCACCCACCUGAUCCUUCAGCUCGUCCGCCGCUCAGCGACGCUCCAGUUCCGCAGCUUCCCCAGCACCACAGCCGCGGAUCCACCACUGGCCUUACCACGUGUGCCUCGGCACCGGUCGCGCCAAGAUGGCUGAACUCGACACCUUGGACAUCGUCGUCCUCGCGGCGAUCCUCCUCGGGACCCUGGCGUACUUCACAAAGGGUAAAUACUGGGGGGUCACCAAGGAUCCGUACGCAAACUCAUUCGCCAACGGACAUGCCGCAAAGGCCGGCAAGACCAGGAACAUCCUGGAGAAGAUGGAGGAGAGCGGGAAGAACUGUGUUAUUUUCUACGGGUCUCAGACCGGAACCGCCGAGGAUUACGCCUCGAGGCUCGCCAAGGAAGGCAAGAGCAGGUUCGGCCUCGAGACCAUGGUUGCCGACCUGGAGGACUACGACUACGAAAACCUCGACUGCAUCCCCAGCGAUAAGGUCGUCAUGUUUGUCCUGGCCACGUACGGUGAGGGCGAGCCCACCGACAACGCUGUAGACUUCUAUGAAUUCAUCACUGGCGAGGACGUCUCCUUCUCGGAGAGCAACGACCCCCCUCUGGACAACCUCAACUACGUCGCAUUCGGCCUCGGCAACAACACUUACGAGCAUUACAACUCCAUGGUCCGCAACGUCAACAAGGCCCUCGAGAAACUCGGUGCCCACAGGAUCGGCGAGCCCGGCGAGGGUGAUGACGGUGCCGGCACCAUGGAAGAAGACUUCCUCGCCUGGAAGGAGCCCAUGUGGACUGCUCUCUCUGAGAAGAUGGGCCUGGAAGAGCGCGAGGCCGUCUACGAGCCGAUUUUCAGCAUCAUUGACCGCGAAGGCUUGACCAAGGACUCGCACGAGGUCUACCUGGGAGAACCCAACAAGAUGCACCUCGAGGGCGCCGCCAAGGGGCCUUUCAACGCCCACAACCCGUACAUUGCCCCUAUCGUCGAAUCUCACGAGCUCUUCUCUGUCAAGGACCGUAACUGCCUGCACAUGGAGGUCGACAUCAGCGGUUCCAACCUGAGCUACCAGACCGGUGACCACAUUGCCAUCUGGCCUACCAACCCCGGUGAGGAGGUCGACCGCCUGGUCAACGUCCUGGCACUGUCUGGAAAGCGCGAUCAAGUCAUCAGCGUCAAGGCUCUGGAGCCCACGGCAAAGGUCCCCUUCCCCACCCCCACCACCUUCGAUGCGAUUGUCCGCUACCACAUGGAAAUCUGUGCCCCUGUCUCCCGUCAAUUCCUCGCUACUCUGUCGGCGUUUGCGCCUGAUGAGGACUCCAAGGCUGAGAUGACCAAGCUUGGCAGCGACAAGGAUUACUUCCAGGAACAAGUCAGCUCCAAGCAUCUCAACAUUGCCCGCGUGCUCGAGUCCGUUGCGAAGGGCAAGCAGUGGGAUAACGUUCCUUUCUCUUGCUUCAUUGAAGGCCUCACUAAGCUGCAGCCCCGUUACUACUCCAUCUCCUCGUCUGCAAUGGUCCAGCCCAAGAAGAUCUCCAUCACCGCCGUCGUUGAGAGCCAGACUCUUCCUGGUCGCGACGACCCGUUCCGAGGCGUUGCCACCAACUAUCUCCUGGCUCUGAAGCAGAAGCAGAACGGCGAUCCAAACCCGGAGCCUUUCGGUGCGAGUUAUGAGCUUACUGGCCCCCGCAACAAGUACGACGGCAUCCAUGUGCCUGUUCAUGUGCGUCACUCGAACUUCAAGCUGCCCUCGGAUCCCUCGAAGCCAGUCAUCAUGAUCGGUCCCGGUACUGGUGUGGCGCCGUUCCGUGGAUUUGUUCAGGAGAGGGCAAAGGAAGCCGAGGACGGCCAGAGCAUCGGCAAGACCAUUCUCUUCUUUGGCUGCCGGAAGCGAAGCGAGGACUUCAUGUACGAGAGCGAGUGGGAGCAAUACAAGAAGGCCAUGGGUGACCAAUUCGUGAUGCACACCGCGUUCUCGAGAGAGGGGCCAAGCAAGGUUUACGUGCAGCAUCUCCUCAAGCAACAAGGCAAGGAGAUCAAUGAGCUCCUCGAGAAGAAGGCCUACUUCUACGUCUGUGGCGAUGCCGCAAACAUGGCCCGUGAGGUCAACACCGUCCUGGCCCAAAUCAUCGCUGAACACAGGGGUGUGUCCGAGGCCAAGGCAGAGGAGAUUGUCAAGAACAUGAGAGCUGCCAACCAAUACCAGGAGGAUGUUUGGUCAUAGAAAGCCAGCGUAUUUUGAUCGCAUUUUCUGUGAAGCGGAGCCCAUUCAUGCCAGGCUUUUACAUCUGGUUGAAUACCUCGUGUGUUAUUGGGGAUACAGGAGUUAUGGCAUUCUCGAAAAUUUAUUGAAAUUCAGCAAGCCUAGAACGAUUAGUUGUUAUUGCCCACGUUCAUAACUGAAAAUACACUUGUUAAUACUUG